GCACCACGUGAUCUGGAAGGGUAUUCCCCAGUACGUGAUUCCCAGGUACAAAACACAGGUAAUACAGGUAGAGUUACUGUGGCAGAAUCUGCAGUUAAUUACAUCAACUGAAGUCAUGGCCGUCAGACCGUCGACAACGUUAGUGAUGGACACACAACAGGGGGGAAUGCAGGUCGGCGACAACAACAACAUCUCUUAUAGCAACUGUCACAUCACCAACAUCACCCACGUCCACAACAAUUGCAAACAGUGUCAUCCAACAGAGGAACAUGAUGUGACACAAGAUGCAUCACGUGACCUGAGAUCAACUUCCACUGUGCACACGACUACCAGUGUGAGACUGGUAGACAGUGAGGGGAGAGAACUGGAGCUGGAGGAUGUGGUGCUUUUUGACAAUACAGCACUUGUGUCUAUCUAUGCAGGAGACGGGAUGAAUAUCAUGCAGGAUGAAGAGACUGGCAAGAUCGUCCUAGAACCAAUAAAUGUGGAGGAACAUUUCACUUCAUUUCCAUUUUUUGCGGGACAGAAGUACAGCGGGAGACAGGCGCUACAGAGAGCCAAGGGGAAGGUCGGCCAGGUGUUUCAUGGUCAUUACUUGGACUUUGUGUGUUGGUGCUGCUGUGGCAUGACAUUUACAGAGUGGAUAAUACAUAAAGGACUACAGGACACCGCGCCUUUUGCAAGAUAUGUACAGCAACGUAAGGCUGGUCACUGAAUGUAACUCAAAAACAUUCCUACGUGCACCAGUGACCUGCUCCAAUUGUUCACCAACUGACCACUGACCUGCUCCUUCUGCUGGCCCCUCAACAUCCCCGUUUCAGACCACAGCUCACACAACACAUAACCAACUGAUGACCUUACUUAUGACUUACUUAUUAUUCUGAAUAAUACCAUUACAUGUGUAACGCGUACAGGUGUUAUUCAUGUCGAGUAAAUAUUGUAAACUCGUCAGUCCGUACACCUAUCAAUUUAGAAAGAAACGUUUGAUGAUUCUUCCAUUCGUCAUUGUCAAUUCAUGUUGUCCCAUUACUCAAUGUCGAUAUGUAUUCACUGUACUAUCAUGUACAAAUAUAUGACUAUAUUGUUGUCCUAUCCUGCUUCAUGCAGACCGCCUCCGUGGUCUUUUGGAUAUAGCGUCUGCCUGGAGAGCGAAGGCCAUUGAUUCUAUCCCCGACCGCAUCAUACAAAAAUGCGUUAUAACAUGGUACUUGUUGUUUCCCAGCCUGACUAUAGACACAAUGGGUGUUAUAUGAGUCCGUACUGUGUGUCUGAGUUGGGGAUUCAUGUUGAAGCUAUAGCCUGGUAUCUGAGUGGGCUGGCACAAUAUAACUUUUAAAGCCCGGACUAGACUCUGAACCGAUCAUUUGCACAGUCGUUCCAUGAUUGAAAGCAGGAUAGUGUGUAUGGUUUGUAUAAUUUGUGUUGAAACACGAGAACAGUAUGUGAUAAUGCCAGAACAUUGUAUAUUUAGGAUGUCACAACGUGAUGGCGCUACAUCAUCAGAACAACAAAUGAUCGCAUCUCUGUCAGUAAUCGUUACACGUAUACAUCUUACCUAGCUGUCCUCUGUUGUGAUUACUCGUUGUAUAUAGGAGACAGUCGCCAUAUUGCUGCUAUAAUGCCGACGUACUCACUAUAGGAGACCUGUUAAUCUUAUUACACAAGUUAUUGUUCACUGGUUUGUCCUCGCCUGAUGUUUUCCAAGCAAUUCAUGGUGAUACGAUGUAGCUAGAAGACGUUCUCUGUAUAUAAAUAGUUAGCAAGCGUAUCAGUAGGAGUAACACUAUAUUUUGUGUACAAUAUGAAAAUAAAGAUCUUUUCAUUUC